CUGUGUCCCGAAGGCGUUGCCGGGAAACCUUCUGCUUAGAGCUGCGGUGGGACCGGCGGACAUGGCGGCGGCGCGGCUGGCCGUGGUCCUGCUGCUGCUCGCGGCCCAGGCGGCCUGUGAGUUUGGUGUGCUACAUGUGGUGUCCCAGGCUGGUGGGACCCGGGGCAGGGACUACUGCGUCAUCUACAACCCGCAGUGGGCCCACUUGCCGCAUGACCUCAGCAAAGUGUCUCUCAUGAAGCUUCGAGACUUGAGCUACACCCAGCUCUGCUCCUACCUUGACCUCCCUGCAGAAGACUUCAGUGACCAAAUUGCAAUGGUGGCCCGGGGCAACUGCACCUUCUAUGAGAAAGUGCGGCUGGCCCAGGGCAGUGGGGCCCGCGCGCUGCUGAUAGUCAGCAAGGAGAGGCUGGUGCCCCCGGGAGGCAACAGGACACAGUAUGAGGAGAUAAGUAUUCCCGUGGCCCUGCUCAGCCACAGGGACCUGCAGGACAUCUUCAGGCGCUUCGGCCAUUCGGUAAUAGCGGCACUGUAUGCGCCAACUGAGCCAGUGAUGGAUUACAACAUGGUCAUCAUCUUCGUCAUGGCCGUGGGCACUGUCUCCCUCGGUGGCUACUGGGCUGGCAGCCGCGACGUGAAGAGAAGGUACAUGAAGCAUAAGCGGGAUGAUGGGCCCGAGAAGCAGGAGGAUGAGGCGGUGGACGUGACACCCGUCAUGAUCUGCGUGUUUGUUGUCAUGUGCUGCGUCAUGCUGGUGCUGCUCUACUACUUCUAUGACCGCCUGGUCUACGUGAUCAUCGGGAUCUUCUGCCUGGCCUCCUCCACGGGUCUCUACAGCUGCCUGGCGCCCUGCGUGCGGAAGCUGCCCUUCUGCACGUGCAGGGUCCCCAACAACAACCUGCCGUACUUCCACAAGCGCCCACAGGCCCGCAUGCUGCUGCUGGCACUCUUCUGUGUCACUGUCACCGUAGUGUGGGGUAUCUUCCGCAACGAGGACCAGUGGGCCUGGGUCCUGCAGGACACCCUGGGCAUUGCCUUCUGCCUGUACAUGCUGAAGACCAUCCGCCUGCCCACCUUCAAGGCAUGCACGCUGCUGCUGCUGGUGCUCUUCAUCUACGACGUCUUCUUUGUCUUCGUCACCCCCUACCUGACCAAGAGCGGCAACAGCAUCAUGGUGGAGGUGGCCACUGGGCCCUCGAACUCAUCCACCCACGAGAAGCUGCCCAUGGUGCUGAAGGUGCCCAGGCUGAACACCUCUCCGCUGUCCCUGUGUGACCGGCCCUUCUCCCUCCUGGGCUUCGGAGACAUCUUAGUGCCAGGGCUGCUGGUGGCCUACUGCCACAGGUUUGACAUCCAGACCCAGUCUUCCAGGAUCUACUUUGUGACCUGUACCAUUGCCUACGGCCUGGGCCUCCUGGUGACGUUCGUGGCACUUGUCUUCAUGCAGCGUGGCCAGCCCGCGCUGCUCUACCUGGUCCCCUGCACGCUGCUGACCAGCUUCACCGUGGCACUGUGGCGCCGGGAGCUGGGCACCUUCUGGACAGGCAGCGGCUUUGUGAAGGACGCACCUCAAUCCCCAUGGGCCCUAAGAGAGAAGCCUGCACCUGAGAAAGUCGCGGAUGCCCCCCUCUCCCAGAGGCCUCCAAGUGAAGAGCUAGCCAAGAGGUCCCUACCCACCAAGGAGGCAGCCUUGCCCGAGGAGGCCCCUGUGCCUGAGGAGGCAGGAGCUGAAGGCCCCGCCAAGGAUUCUGAUGGCCCCGUGGACAGUCCCCCGAGCCCCACAAAUGGGGACCAAGCCCAGCCCAGCCCUGUGGUGCAGCCAGGGACUUCGGCCUAGGAAGAGGAGGUGCGAAAGCUGGGCCCUUGCAGCCUUUCAUCACACAGAUGCUGGCCACCUGGGACCUGCAGGGAGCAGGGACAGCUGCCAUCCCCCAGGGUGGCAGACCUGUGCCGUGUCCUCCCUAACAUGGUGCUCAGCCCUCUGAGGCCUCGCGCCCGUCCCGCCCACCACAGCUGCACCCAGCGCCCAGCUCUGCUUUGCACCAGGCCAAGAGCUUCCCCCGCUGCCCCUCCAUGCAAGGCCGCUGCUCUGGUGCUUGCCGAUGCUCACCCUGCAGACGCCCCAUCUGGCCGCUCCUCCCUCUGUAGGACGGGGCUCUCUGGGGCCAGAGCAACAGGUUUCUAUGUUGGGAGCGGCCACGAGGGGCCUGAAUGUGGGUACCCUGCCCAAGGGCCUGGGCCAACACCGGGGUCUGUACCCCUUCAGAGGCUCCACGCCAGGGUGGAGUGGAGAAGGCUGGCCACGCAUGGAUGGGUCCACGGCCCCAGCAAACUGCCCUUAGUUCAGACGUGGAAGCCUUCCAUGCCACGGCCACAGCCCUCUGCCCCAGCAGUGGCUUCUGGACCUGGCAACUGACCUCUACCUCACCAACCAGGCUCUGCGCUCCAUGGCAGAUCUGCCUGCAGGGAGUCUACCACACAUGCUGCAUGUCACCAAGGCCGAGGCCAGGGUCCCCCACACUGCGAUGGAGCCUGGGAGCCGUGGCCACCCACACUUGCAUGGAAAGGGGUGUCUGCUGCAGGGUGACAGGUGGCCACAGCUGGGCAGCGCUCUGGGGAGGGGAGGGAGGGCUUCCCCUAGGCACCCUGUCUGACCAGAAUGGACAGGCCCAGGAGCACUGUGGCCUGGCCACCUGCUUCUGCCACGCGGACUUAACAAGCCAUUUUGUACUGGGUGCCCAUGCAGUUCUUCCUUCUCUGAGCUGGCCGGAGGUGAUGCCACCCGAGGGCCCCGGCUUUAGGGUGUCAGGGAUUAAACAGCUUUUCAUACUCA